AUGCCCUACCAGCGCGAGGCCGACCCCGACGCCAACCAGCAGGCUCAGCCCUAUGACCCCUGUCACCCCAGCCAGCAGGGCCAGCAGCCGCAGCCCCCGACGCGCCGCAGCAGCCAGAGCUCGCAGAGCUUGCUCGAACGGUACUCGUCUCACGGGUCGCAAGAGGGCAAGGAGGAAAAGUCGCCUUACUCGGGGCCUGGUCCUAGCGUGGCCGACAUCGAGGGUGCCGGACAGGCCGGAGGCGCUGGUGUCAUGCAGCCGCACAUCCAGUUCAUGUGCGGCCCCCUCCUCAACUACUACUCGGUCGUGAACGGCGUCUGGCACGGCGCUGCUCUCGUCGUCACCGCGGACAAGGGCUCGAUCCUCAACCCCCCACCAUACCUCACCAUUUCGCUCGGCGGCGCCUCGGAGAAGAUUGGCGGGCAGUGCAUCCUGACGUAUAAUGAUGUGACGCAAGGGCCCUGCUCGUUCUGGCGCUUCAUGAUCCAGAUCCCGCUGCAGGACCACGAGGCCAAGGUCUACUACUCGAUCAAUGGCGGCGGCGAGCUGUCCUUCUUCGUCCCUGCCCGUGGCCAAAACAUGCGCUGGGUCGCGCAUUCGUGCAAUGGCUUCUCGGGCGGCGUCAAUCAGGAGGAGUUCAAGGGCAAGUAUGACACCGGCUUCUCGCCCCUCUGGGAGGAUGUUCUCGUCAAGCACUCAGAGCAGCCGUAUCACUGCAUGGUCGGCGGCGGUGACCAGCUCUACUGCGACGCGAUUACGAAGGAGAAGGAGUUGCAGUCGUGGAUCAACGCCAAGAGCCGCAAGGACAAGGUUAACCACGCCCUCACGGACGACAUGAAGAUUGCCAUCGACCGCUUCUAUUUCAACCACUACUGCAAGUCGUUCCGCAGCAGCGCGUUUGCGAAGGCCAACUCGACGAUCCCCAUGGUCAACAUGCUUGACGAUCACGACCUGAUCGACGGCUUCGGCACGUAUGACGACGAGACGAUGGCCAGCCCCGUCUUCUCCUACAUUGGCACACGCGGCUACUUUUGGUUCCUCGCGUUCCAGCUGUUCACGGUCGACGCGAUCGACGGACAGGGCGACGGCCCCGCCAACCACCCGAUCCCGUCCAUGCUCAUUGGCGAGGUUGGCCCGUGGCUCCAGGGCAAGCGCUCGCACUCGCUCAUCACGUACCUCGGCCCCAAGGUGGCAAUGCUGCUCCUCGACUGCCGCGCGGAGCGCCGCCUCACGCAGAUUGUGUCGCCCAAGACGUACCAAAAGGCGUUUAACGCCAUUGCCCAGCUCCCGCAGAGCGUUGAGCAGGUUGUCAUCCAGCUCGGCGUGCCGAUUGCGUACCCGCGCAUGUCCUUCCUCGAGCAUUUCCUCGAGUACAAGUGGAAUCCGAUUACCAUGCUCGCGCGCCGCAACGCGCUUGGCCUCGGUAGCUUUGUCAACAAGUUUGACCAGAGCGCCGAGCUGCUCGACGACCUGAACGACCACUGGUGUGCCAACACGCACAAGAAGGAGCGCAACUGGCUCGUGCUGGAAAUGCAGCGUAUCGCGCGCACGCAAAACGUCCGCAUCACCUUCCUCUCUGGCGACGUGCAUCUCGCGGCUGUCGGCAAGCUCUUCACGCACAAGCGCAAGCUCCGCACCCCCGUCACGCCCGAGCAGGACCACCGCUACAUGCUCAAUGUCAUCUCUUCGGCCAUUGUCAACACGCCGCCGCCGGCGGGCGCCGCCAAGAUGGUCUCUAUUCUGGCCGGCCACAAGCACCGCACGCUGCACCGCAAGAAGACGGACGAGACGAUGCUGCCCAUCUUCAACAAGGACACGGACGGCUCGACGCUGAAGCGCCCCUUCAUCCUUGCGCGCCGCAAUUACGCGAGCAUCGACUAUCUCGACAAUGGCGCCUUGCGCUUUGACAUUCGCGUUGAGCGCGAGCAGGGCGCGGGCGAGACGGUUAGCUACCCCUGCGAGUCGCCCCCGCCGCGCUACCUCGCAAACAAGAGCGUCACCUCCACGAGCACGAGCCCCGUCACGCCGACGACUGGUCGGUUCGCUAACAAUGACGACAUUAGCGUCGUGUCCGGUGCGCCCCAGAGCUUUGCGCCCUCCACAAAUGGCGGCAGCGCGACCAACCUCGCGGGUCUCGCGCAGGCGCAGCGCCGCGAGCAGGAGAAGUACAGCAGCGCGCAUGCUCAUGCGCAAAAGGUUGACGAGGCCUUUGGCCGCGGUGCCGAGCCCAAGCCUGUCAAUCCACACAACCCUGCCGAGCAGGCCUACGAGCACGCUCAGCCCGGCCAGUCGAACCAGCAGUUUGCCCAGCAGCAGCAGGGACAGUAUCGGCAGCCUGCCCAGCAGCAGCAAUACCAGCAGCCCGGACAAUACGAGCAGCAGCAGUACGCGCAGCAGUCUGGCGUUCCUGCCGGACAGCCGCAGCAAUACCAGCAGUCGUCGUAUCAGUCUGCUGGAGCAUACGGACAAGACUCGUACGCGCAACAGGGCACUCACGCGCAGGGCUACUCCCAGAACCAGAGCUACGCGCAGCCGGCGCAGUACGCUCAGCCCGGCGCGCAGAUGCAAAACGUGGGCGCCCUCAACCACGCUGCUCAGGGCAAGUACUAA